CAGUCAAAACAUGCAACUUUUAGCUUGGAGGUAAAACAAAACGUGGGUAGUCCCUUCAUAUACUGCCUGUUUAAUUGUUUUGAGAAUAACGACAUUAUGACAGAAAAAUAUGCAAUGAUUACAGAAUUUUAGAUUGUCUAAAAAUGGAUUUAGGUCAUGUGAAUGUACGAGGACAGAAUGUUGAUCUUCUUCAUCAAGCAAUUCAUCCUGACCAUGGAGUUGUGUGGACUGAUGGUAAAACAAUCUACCUGGCCCCUGUCCAGCUGUCCCACGGUCAAGUAGUCAAUCAAAGGGCCGUAAAACUGGGCAAGUUUGAGCAGUCUGUGAAGAGUGUACACUGGAGCUGUAACAUAGGACCACAAUCCUGUUACAUGUGUGUAGUCCACGCUCAGCACUUAUCUCUCUGGAAGGUCGAUGGAACUGUCCCUAAACUCAGCUUCAAGCAAGUCCGAAAACUAAACGUCCAACCCAUCUCUAAAGGUUGCCUAUGGAAUCCCUGUAGGGACAUUUUGUGUAUCCUCAGUAAGCAGCAGUGUAGCUUUUUCUUCAGCCAUGCCAAGAACCGAGGGAGCUAUGCCUUCCCUGCACUGGAAAGUGGAAAAAUCAGUUGUGGAAGCUGGUCACAGGAUGGAACCAGGCUGAUUUUAUGUGUGGGAGCUGUUAUACUGGUAUACACUUGGGAUGAUAUAGACCUCUCCAUUAACAGUUUCACACCAGCAGCCUGGAAAAUCCCUGGGUUGGAGGGCAGCAUCAGAAGUGUGUGUCUGUUGUCUAAGUCCCUAUUAGUGUGUGCUACAGAACUUUUUAUUUGUUUACCUCUGGAAUCUCUCUGUAAAAACCAGGACAUGUUUGAGGCCCCCAUGGUGUUGAAUGGAGACAGUCUUCACCAGAGCAACGAUUCUGACAUCAUCGUACCAAGGAAACAGAACUCUUCUCAAUCACUGACAGGUGUGCUGCUAAACCUUCCCAAAAAUCCGCAGAGUGUUGUGCAGGAGACGGCUCAGCUAGUGACGGUCUAUUUACGGGAGAACAGGGACCCCCAGAGGAAGAGCUGUGUGGGGGUCAGGGGGCUCCUGUCUCCAGAGGUUCUGAUGUAUGAGCCCAGCCUGAGGUCUAUCGUUGUCGGCAGUAACACUCAGAAAGUAUUACAGGUGUUUACAUUCACCAAGGAGGGGCCAUCAGGGGAUCUGGUCAAGUCAGCAGAAAUUCAAAUGGACAAAUUGGAAAGACCUAAAGGAAUUGGUUUAAUUCCUAAAGACUCACCCAUGGGUUACAAAGGAAUACUUAUUGCAGCUGGAACUAAGAAAAACAGUGACUCAACCUUUCUACCAUCAACAUCAGGGUCCAACAUGGAUGUCAAACUAAAGUUCUUCUCCAUAGAUGUUGAUCCAUCCCGCUUCCCGUUGGACAAAUAUUUAAAUGAAUCUGCUGACUCAUCAGAAUCUGUGUGCAGUAGUCUCUCCUCCAUAGAAUCACCAAGGCAACAAAUCAAAGUCAACAUGGAGCUUGAACAAACAGAAUCUUUAAACAAUCAAAAUGAAAAUACUGUUCCUAGACUUGAUCCAGAGGAAAGCACAACAGGUGCAGAUUUGUACCUCCCCAAACAGAAAACUCGUACAGAACUGUGUGAUCCAUCGGAUACAGAUUCAGAAGCAUCACCAAGGGAAGUAACUCCAGGUUUAGUUCAAACUGACAAUUCAAACAAUGAUAUUCCAAAACAAAGUGACACAGACUCCAAACCAUCUUCAGACAGCCAAGAAACACGAAAGGAAUCAGUACCAAAGCUGGCUCUCACUGAUGUUAUCGUCGCAGAUACCGAUGUUCCUCCAAGGGAGAUAACCCUGCUCUCUGCACCAGACAACUCGGCUAGAUCUAAAAUUGUGGAACUGAAUCAAUCCAUCAGUGUUGAGAGUGAUCUUGAGACAGAAAAAGUAGAUUUUUCUGAGCAAGAAGCCAGAUUUUCCUCAGGUGUAAGUGUAGAGGACAUUGAGGAUGGAAUAGAUGAAGUCACAGAAAGCUUGAAUUCCAGACUGACUAAAGAAAGUGAGGAACAAGAAGGCAGUGGUAUUCCUGAUCCAGAUGUGAUGCGGGUAGAUUCCAUGGGUGACAGAGCUACACAGCAGCCAUUAGAGGGAGUGCCUGUCAGUAAUUCAGAUGAGGGACAGAUCUGUGUCCAGAAUAAAGAUAGAAUGGAUGUAGUCACAGAAACUGUUAAUUCUGGACAGACUAACAUAGAAAAUGGGGAUAAAGAGAGUAGUGUUAUUCCAGAUGUGAUGCGGGUAGAUUCUAUGGGAGACAAAGUAACACAGCAGCCAUUAGAGGGGGCACCUGUCAGUGAGUCUGAGGGGGGACAGGUCUACUUCCAUGAUGAUGACGAGAUUCUAAAAAUAGAACAGAUGGAGCAGGAACUUCUUGAACAGUGUAAGCAAAUUCAAGAGCUGAGUGAAAAAGUAGCCAAGAUUGCACAGAGAGUUGAAGAUUCCUCAUUAGUCUUCCCAACUAGGUAUCAAACUGUAGAAAAUCCAGAGACUGUGUUAAUAGUCUGUAGAUGUCCAAACAAGAAGACAGCCAGGAAGACAUUUUUACUGGACAAUGGGCGGCUAGCCCUGGACGCUGUUAAGACAAGCUUUAACCUGGACACAGUGGAGAUAUUUAUAGAUGGUGACCCCUGCACCGUGUCCAGUAACAUAGACGGCUACAUUCCCCUCAGGUUCCAGCCCUCCUCCACUCUUAUCAUCCAGGGAAAACCCUUGGGAAUCCCCCAUCACAUAGACACCGAGGAACAGAAUUAUCACAACACGGAGGCGACAAAUGGCACCGUGUGUUAGUCUAACUGGGCGAAGAAAUAUUGCAGUUAACAAUCAUAAAAAAAUUGACCAUUUUAACAUUUAUUUUAAAGUGCUGUUAAGAGUAAUACAAAUUGCUGAAUCUGCUUUGCUAGUCUAUGUCAUUUUAUCAAUAAAUAUUCUACAUUUCUAUUAAAUAGUUUAGUAUCGAAAUAUUUGGAAAGCUUGAAGAUAUGAAUAGAUAGCCAAGUAUUUUUUUUACAUCUGAACGACAAAUAGAGAAUAUGCAAUAUUAAUACUAGUAUUAAUUUUAUUUUGCUCAUUUUAGUCAGUUUGCAUUUUAUGACAAAUAUUGUUACAAGUAUCUAUUCGCUGAACUUUUUGAAAGAAUACCUUUAUUUAUACUCAUUAUUUUGUUGUAUCCAUUGUAGAUCUGAAUUGUUAAAAACCCCUCAUGUGUUCUUAUAUUUUUUAAAAAAUCCUUUUUUAAAGCAUUUUUAAAC